AUGUACAGGGCUAAUACCUACGCGGACGACUCGCCGUUUAUUCCCCCUAUCCCUUCUGCUUCACCCUCAAUCCCCUCUUCCGCUGGUGCGACUGCAAGUGACUACUCCGGCUACCCGUCGGUGAAUGGCGACAUUCCGCCGCACUCCUACAGCCCUACAACAUACUCCCCUCAUCGUCCAUUCGUCCCUUCAGACCCCCCAAACGGCACUGGCAGUCCCUAUGGAUAUCCUAUCAAUACACCUGCCCCAUACUUUUCGCCCCAGCUCCCAUGGGCACCCUUACCGCCACAAGGAACGGCCGAGCAUCAUUUCCCUGGGUAUUACCCAGGAUCGCCCACAUUAAUAUCCUCGACUCUGCCUACCCCACCUGUGCCAGUCUACCCACUGUUCAGCAAUGAGCCCUCAGUAGGCUGGCCACUCCCACGACCCAGAGCGUUCCAAUCACCGCAUAUGCCAUCCGUUCAUGAAGACGGUCCCCAGAACCCAAUGUUUCCUCACCAUACCCCAAAUCUCACCCACCCUGGUUCUACUCCGACAAUCAUCCCAACGGUGUUUCCAGGUAGUGGGAUAGCAUCAUCUCCGUGGCUUACCCCUCCCUAUCGUACAGUUGCUGGCCCAAUCAAUCAAAUGAUAUACCCCGUAUUUCAACAUCCCGGUGCAUCUCCCGGUAGCAUUCUGAAGGUAUCACCAGGGAGUCAGAACCUCGAAAAUCGACCUCCGGUUCAAGGUGUACAGCGCGCCCAAACCUUCCCACAUGCGCACCCUAGUGAAGUGGCAAUUUACCCUCAUACAUCCCCUCGCGACGUGUUAAACGGACCAACAAGUGACCCGAAUCGCAACUUUCCAAGUGGUACCCCAAUAUCUCGUCUAUCCGGUCGGCCCGAACCAAUGCCAAUGCCAGUGCCAGCGAUGCCAAUGCCGGUGACCUACGGACUUGACUCACAAGUAGCUGUGGUCGCAACCGACCCAACGAAGCCAGUGAAUCCUUUUGACCCCGUUUCCGCGACAAUCCAGAUCAACCCGCUGCUUGUACCUCCGGCUGCUGUAGAUCGGCCGCACUUGAAAUGGGACAUGACACAUCCCACAAAUUACGGCGAUUUUGCUGUCGAAUUUGAGCAGCACUUAUGGCAACCUGCAACGUCACCUGCGACAACAUCCCUCUUCAUUAUGUUGGAGGAUUUUCCUUGGAUGAUUACUGUCGAUGCAUCUCGCGAAGACCUAGGCGUCACCUGCACGGACGUGAUCAACGGUAUUGCAGAAUGCAUGUACUGUCUAGCUAACGAGCAGGACUACAAAUAUGUGGGCGAUACCUCGGGAGGCUCCAUUGAGGACAAUUACCGCAGGAAUCGCUCCCGUUUACAAGGCAUCCCUAGCCUUCAACAGGGCAUUCGCCGACUAGACUGGCUUGGGUUGAGAUCGGCUUACGGGGGUAUAGAACUCAACGACGCCUUGGUCAAGGCCACCCUUGGCGAUGAUGCUGCGCCCUUUACCUUCGUACUCCUCCGCCAAGAAAUCCUCCUCCGUCAAGAAAUCCUCCUCCGUGACGACCACAGUGAUUCUUCUUCACCUCCUUCGGUUAUCUACGCGGGGAAUCUGGGGACGCCAGUGCAACCCCUUGCUGCACCAUUGUCGAUAUUCAUUCCACCUAUGCCAACAUCAGAGACCAAAACAGACAGAGCUGUGUUCAAGAGAUUGCUAAGAAACUUCAACCUGUCAAGAUGA